AUGCCGGCUGUGCGCACUCUCUUGAGGCUCUUCGACCUCGAUGAGACGGAUGGUAGGAUAACCGCGCUUGACAGCUAUGGAGCCAACACGCACGUGGGCACCAGCUGUGGUCAGCUGAUACGUCUCUCCAUUUCCUCUGCGCCGUCAUCUCGAUCUCAAACCGCAGCGAGCGUUUCAGCCCCCACUAGAGAGGCCUCUUCACUCAGCUUUGAAGCUCCUUUGGGUGAAGCUGGUGGUGCUGCCUUAGGUACACCGUUCCCAGAGCAGAGUACCGUCCUCACGACGGUGGCGCGCCGCCGCACCAUCUCCGCCUCCGGUGCGGCGGUGCAGCAGCUGCAGCACAGUCGCAUCCAGCGUCUCCUUUUUGUCCUCUGUGGCGGUCGCCUGCAGCUCCUCCACGCGGACACGUACGCCGUGCUGAGUACCAUCGAAGCGGACGUCGCCUGCUUUUCUGUCGCUUCACCGCUGCCGGCGGUUGGCACCGGCGCGAACGGCAGUGUGAGCAGUGACACCAGUGUGGCGCCAGUGACCGGCGCUUUGCUGACACACACCCGCGUGCGCACAGGCCGCCUAGCGGUGAGAGACGAUGAGGGUGUCAGCCAGCACAGCCGCACCUCCUCCCACCUUCGCACACCGAGCGAAGGCAGCCACGGUAACUUCACCGUGCGCACCCCGCAGAGCGCGCCUGCCAUCACGCUAGCCGCGAGUCCGCUGGGAAGCACCAUUAGCAAUAGCGGCGAUCUUCUUCAGUACCACGGGAACGUUCAUCAUCACAGCCGUGACGGCAGGGGCGGUGCCUCUUCCCUCAUUACCAUGCCAUCUUCCUCCUCAGGAGGUAAGACACACGUGGUGUGCGUCGCAGAAAAGCAGAGGAAAGAGCUUGCUGUAUACGUGGUUGACCGCGUAUCGACGUCAGCGUCCAGUGCGGAGAGCGGUGCGUGGCCAUCCGAGAGCGAGCUUGCCGAAGAUGGCAGUCUCAGUGGUAGUGCCACCCUCAGCGCCACCACAGCCAGGUCUGCCCCACUACUCCCGCGUGUUGUGCUGCGCCAGCGCUACGUGCUGCCGGAACCGGCCCAGUGCGUACUCAUGUGCAACCCUGCACCUGUGAUGUGCCAUGGGCUCGCUCUUCCCUUCACUGCCGCUGUUGGUGGGUUCACUGGCGAUGGCUUGCCUCCACUCGCCGGUAGUGUGGAGGCUGGGCUGAGCGUAUGCGUCGGGAUGCGCCACGAAGUGAGCCUGUUGUCUCUGCUCGGGGGCUCGCCGUGGUGUGUUCUUCGCCUUGAUGGCAGCCGCCCGCCUCUGCUCUCCAUCGGGAGCGAGGACAACACCCUCCUGGUUCGAACACAGGCGCCAAACACAGUGAUGGAGGUUGGCGUGCCGCCAGUCGCAGCGAUGGCGGGGUGCGUGCAGGACGCCACUACAGGUUGGAGGACAGGUGCCGCUGCUGCUGCUGCUGCGGAGGCGAGCCCCCUCUUGCUGCGCGCCGGCCUCGCAAGGGGCGCCGUAGUCGCCUCCACGACGACCUCCGCGGCUGCCUCAGGUGCAGUAUUGCGCAGCAAAGACGAUGAGCUCGUCAUGGGCGAUGUCUUUCAGGCCGACACCGCAGUUGAGCUUGUCUUGUCUCGCUUCCCUCACGUUUUUCUCUUCACAGCGCACCACUGCGACGUUUUCUCCCUCCUAGAGGACGGCGCAGGCAGAGGCGCCACCUCGAGGAGCCAGCGCGUCCCGCUUCCAGGCAUUCGCUACGGCGCGCUGCGCGGACAAGGCAUGUCUGUGUGCGUAGCGAGCGACCGCACGGUGUGGAUGCUGCAGCUGAAUCCUCUGCGCGUGCAGCUAGCCGAGAUGGUGACAGGCGGUAAUAGCGAGGGCGCGUUCCAGCUCUUGGCGUUCCAUCGUCGGCGCGCCACUGCCACGAGGUGCAAUGCGGCAGCUGCUGUGGAUGCCAAUGAUGCACUUCAUACCAUCGAGUCUGACCUGCACCGCAUGGCUGGUUUUGCCGCACUUCACCGCGGUGAUGUUGUCGAGGCCAUUCGAUACCUGCGCGAAUACGUGGACCCGCGGGAGGUGCUCCUCGCACUGCCGGACUGCAUUCCUCCGACGGCAAGGGCACCAGUGACUCCCAGCGUAGGCUCAGGGGCCUCAGUCCCACAGACAGGCGUCGACGUGUACGUCCUGGACCACAUUGUCACCACUUCUUCUGAGGAUGUGUACGAUGAACUGUUGCGACAAAGCGUCGUUGCGGACUGCGUCAAGCCCUCUGCCGCGCAAGGCACAAUCGCCCCACCCCCUUCCUCGUACUGGGACGGCUGGCGCGGGCCAUGCGUAUACAACAGCUUCGCGGGUAAUGUUGCUGAAGCGUGGCGCGCGGCUUUCCCUGCAGUGCCGUCGUCGUCUUCAACAUCAACUGGCACUGUUGAGGACUUCGUGGCGAGUCGCUUCGACCUCCUCAAGACGGAGGUACGUGAGUGGUUCGCCGAGGAGCUUCUAGAACCUGUAAGCGGUGGCAGUGCCGUCCGUAGUUCAGCCGCAGCACCGACGGCCGGGACUCGCAUCUCCACCGAUCAAGUGGGCAUGGAGUGCGCUGGUGCACCGUCGCCGGUUCCCACCACCACCACCACCACCACCACGUCGCUGCAGCUGCAGCGGGCGCUGGUAGCCGCUCACCGCCGCGCGAUGGAGUACGCCUCCCUCGUACUGGCGUGGGAGGCAAGGGACUACCGCAUGGCGCACCAGGUCGUCGCCUCGGUCAGCCAAGCCCUGCGCGUAGAGGACUGUGCCGACAUGCUGCGACAUCUUCGGGAGUUCCGUUUGCUUGCCGUGCUGCAGUUCAGGGUGGGCCAGGGCGAGGCCUGCCUCGCCACGCUCAGGAGCUCCGUGAGCGUUUCUGCCGUGCUGCAGCUACGUUACGGCCAUGCCGCGGCUCAGAAAUCGCCCAUUGCGUCUCAGCUAAGUCACUGGCGUCAGCGCAUGGUGAUGAAAAUGGGACAGGGACAAUAUAACGACGUUGCGGCGCCGCAGCCCACGUGUGGCUGCGGACUGCUGAUGCUGCCAUCUUUCGCGGCGGUGGCGCGUGUGGCCCGCACCCUCUUCGGAGUCGAGAGCCCCUUCGACCCUGCGAAUGGCGACUUCGCCACAGAGGCGCUCCUGGGGAAGAUUGUGUCCUACUACGCAGCGCGCCAUUCCCACGUUGCCUCGGCCGGUGCGGCGGUGGCAGCCCACGAUAAGGCCGACUACUGCGAACUUCAACUUUCGAUGCGCGGCACGGGGUCACCACGUCGCUUGUCCUUUCCGCACGCGGGGCCGCUCUUGUCAACGGUGGUGGAGGCGACAGUGUCAGCGUCGAUACCUUCACACACCGCAGCUCAGAGUCACCAGGAAGCGGCUACGGAGCCGGGGCCUACCGCGGCCUGUCACCCCGCCGUCCGUGUCGUGCCGUCCGCGCUCACAGCAUUCUUUUACCUGGUGGAGAAGCUCGACGUUGUUGGCGUGAAGCAGCUCCUGAGCUGCCAGCCGCGCUUAGCUCAGCUGAGGGAUGAGGAGGGUGACACUGCCUUGCACGUUACCAUGUCGCAACUUGCUCUUGUCUGUCCAGCUCGCACGUGUGAUGCCCACCCUUCUCACUCACAGUCGCCGGCGCUGGCGGCGUUGCAAAUGCCAUUCCUGCAGCUCCUCUGCGCCUUGAACGGGCUGCUCGUGCACUUUGGCUGCCCUGUAGGGUUGCUAAACCACUAUGGAUGGAGUUGUCUGGAUGUAGCCGCUGUCGCGUGUGCCGGCAAUACGACGGCGUUCGACAUGGUCACCGCCGCACUGCUGGCCGCCGUGGAGGUACGAGCGGCGUCCUGA